GAAGAAGGGGAGGAAGGAUGCUGGUACCCGCGUCCAUCCUUUUGGUGGUGGGGGGGGCUAAUCUGUGCCCCUCUGCCCGGGGAGGGAGAUCACACACACACACACACACAAACACAAACACACACACACAGAGACACUCCAAAUGGCAGCCAGGUCGGCUCCCGUCCUUAGCAACCCUCCCCGGCAACUGUGUUGUGUUUGGGUUGUGUUGUGGCUGGUUGCCGCAGCGCCUGGCACGCAGCAAUGUGUGUCUCUGUGUGUGUGUGUGUUUUGGGGGGGAGGGGACAGGCUGACUUGAGGUUAUGAAGAGGGCUGGGAUUCAUGCCAGGCGGGAAAUUCGCGUGGGGAUUUUUUUUUUCCUCCCCACGACAGCCCUGCGAGCAAUGGACUUCCGGAGCGACAAAGGCGACGAUCUGGAGAACGGGAAGAUUACCGUCCAGCUGCUGAAAAGCCGGACGGGAGAAUUCGACUUGGGGUCCAUCCUUUUCCUCAAGCUCAGAGGCCUGGGGAUUCUGGAACUGGGCUGCCUCGGCGAGUGCGCCAGCCUGGAGUGGCUGGACCUGUCGGGCAACGGCCUGACCCACUUGGGCCCGCUGGCUUUGCUCAAAGCUUUAACCGUGCUCAACCUCUCGGCCAACCGCAUCUCCAACCUGGAUCCUCUGAGUGGCUGCGAGAAAUUGCAGAGCCUCAACGCCGCCGGCAAUCAGCUGCGCAACCUGCAGCAGCUCCAGUGCCUGCUGGGCUUGCAGCACCUGGACAACUUGCGCUUCCACAACGGCCCGGCCCGUCUCAGCAACCCCUUGUGCCUCGCCGCUGCCGGUUAUCCGGCCAUCCUGGCGGAAAUGUUCCCGCAGGUGAAGGUCAUCGACGGCGAGAGAGUGUCCGGACGGGGUAGCGAGCUUUACCAGCUGUGCAAGGAUCUGGAUCGCUCGCUGCAACGUCGCGGCAACGGCGGGGCUCCGCCCGACAUGGCCGGCCGGGCCCAGCCCUGGGUGGACGAGGGCUACUGGGAGGUGCAGCCGGCCCGGAGGAGCUCCAUCGUGGAGGAAGCUUACAAGCAGUUCAACGAGGCCUUGCUGGAAUGCCGGGAACUGGGCAAGCAGGCGGACCACAGCAUCAGCCAGGCCGAGCGGGCCCUCGGGGGCGGACGUCUCGAGGCCAACUCGUAUCUCUUUUGAACCUCCGGUUACAUCCCGGCCUAUGUUGAGUCCUUGUGAACGCACAAGGAUGAACCCCUCUUUUAACAAGUAGGCUGGAAAUGCGGGGAAAACAAACCCCGCUUUUGUUAAUUAGGUACAUGUCCCCAAAGCCAAGGCAAACAAAGCACGAUGCAAACGGAGAAUUAUCCAAGGCAAACAAACCACGAUGCCAACGGAGAAUUGUUCACGAGGCGAGGCAAACCAAAUCCGAUUCUGCGAAACUGGAGUCCUUUGCAAACGGUUGCCUUCGCCCACAACCUUCUCUUUUUAUUUUGCAGCCCCAAGGCAUGGCUUUUCAUUGCCUUCUUCUCCUCCUCCCUUGGAGUCACCACGUUGCCUCCCUCUGUCCUGCUCUUGUUGGCGUUUGCGAGCGUCUGUGAUGUCUCCCAGCUGUGAGUCCUCAGAGCCUGACUCAGCUUCCCAGCACAGCUGGGUCUCAGUCUAAGCAUGAGUCGAAGGCCUGGCUCCUCGUCAGACUGUAAGUGCUGGAGCUCAUCAAAGCCUUCCUCCGACUCGGAUAGUUCCCCACGCCCCUCCUCCGCCUCCGAUUUCCCAAACUCAGCUGCCGGCUCCAGUGGCUGGCACCGACUCACAACACCUCCCGGCUACUCAGCCCCAGAUGUGCCGGGGAAGGGUCGAGGACUGCUCGCCACGGCCAACUCAGCGUAACCACCAUGCCGUGGCCAGCUUGAGAUGGCCAAUGCAGGACGACAAAGACACCACGGCCAAGAAGACGCGGGACAAAUUACCACGGCCAACUCAUCUCAAGCAACGGCGUAAUCGACUCGUUGCUACGUACUUGGUGUAGCCGACUCACCGCGGCCAAUUCAAGAGGACCAACUUGGCAUAACCGACUUGUUGUGACUAGCUCGGCGUAACCGCUGCGGAAGAAGAGAGGCUAAUAUUGAAGGGUGGAACAGACUCAGUUGAGGAAGGACGCCGAAGGAGGAACGAAAAGGAAGGGUGAAGGAGAAAGAUUAAAAUGAUUUCUUUAAA